UAUUAUUUGAAUGAAACGGAAUAUGAUCUCAUGCCUGCUAUAUAUCAUUUAGACAACUAUGAUAGAGAAUUGCAAGAUAUUGGCCAUACGUACUGUAUGGUAGAUUUUGACCUAGCAUAUUUUGAUCAAACAAGCGAUCUCUUCAAAACCGUAAUGGAAUAUUCAGAGCAUUAUGUAUCACAUUUUAAUCAUACACAGCUGAGAUACGGUAUAGAUGUGCUGAAGACUUGUAACAAAACAAAUAGUAAAGCGACGGUCUCAAAGCGCACCCUUGAGGGAUGCCUAAACGAAACUUUUAAAAGGGAAUACAAAUUAAGUGUACACAGCUACUACGACCCUCUACAAUAUUUCCUAUUCAAUGGCACAUUAGCCAUUCAAACCUAUUUCGUGUUGACCGGACUGCUAAUGUCUUACAAAAUGCUGCUAUAUUUGGAAACAGUGGAACCAAACUGGAGAGUCAUACUGAAGGGAAUAUUUUUAAGAUGGCUGAGGCUUACGCCAUCUUAUGCAGUAGUGUUGGCGGUGAUGGCCACAUUUGUGAGGUUUAUUCGUCACGGUCCUCAGUGGGAGCUCGCAGCAGGCCAAGACGUUGUCGAUUGCCGAGCUCGCUGGUGGCUGAACUUACUUUACAUCAAUAACUACAUGUAUAACGCGCAGUGUAUGCCGCACUCAUGGUACAUAGCAGCUGAUUUCCAACUCUGUUGCAUUGGGAUGGCUGCAAUGAUAUUGAUUCAAAGAAUUGGGUUCAGAAACAUUAUUUUGAGUCUACUUUUCAUGGUCGGGAUAAUAGUGCCUGCUAUACAGACGUAUCUCUAUGAUCUUGAUGGUCUUCUUAUCACUUCUCCAGGAGCAACUCGUACUUUCUUUGCAAUGGAUCCAACUUUUAAUGAAACGUACAAAACUGGUCAUUCCAAUCUGUCCAGCUUUGUGAUUGGUAUGGCUUUAGGUUACGCUAUUUAUUACCUACGUGAAAGAGGUUUUGAUAUUGGAAGCUUUAAAAAAUACCGUUACGUUUAUUGGUUGGUAGCUCCACUGACUUUCAUCUAUAUCCUAUCCGGCUAUGUUUUCUACAGAGAUGCACCUAGAGCUGAUUUGUCUGUACGGGUGGUGACUGCUGCGUUGGCUAAACCCCUCUUUGGAGUUAUGAUUGCUAUAAUCAUUGCUGGACUUGCUUUUAGGAUUGAGAAUUUCUACCGAUCUAUUCUGGAAUGGAAAAUAUGGAUUGUACCCGGACGACUGUCGUACUGUAUUUACAUACUCCAUCUUCCAUUUAUCAGGAUAUUCGCAGGAACCAAGACUAGUCUAAUAGAAGCUACGAAAUAUAAUUUUUUCGCGUUGAUGUUCAGUGUUUUGGCUAUUUCUUUUGCGAUGGCGAUUCCAUUAUGGUUGUUCAUAGAAUCUCCUUUCUACGAACUCAUCAAGAGGAAUCCAAAGAAAUCAUCCAACGUCAAUGAUUUUAGGACACACUUGUAGGUAUGUUUUAUAGCUUUAAAUAUUAUAUUGUGUCUAUUUAAUAAGCAAGAUGCACCUUCAGAAAUAAAAAAUUGCUUUACAUUACACAUUUUAUUUUCAACCAAAAUCGUUAAAGU